CGUCAGUUAAAAAGGGCAUGCGUCCCAAGGUUAUUUGAGUACAUACCAUUGGUGCCUACCAGUGUAAGUUGGUAAACAACACAUGUGGAUGUUCCCAGCUUGGUUUUGGACGUGAAAUGUGCUUUCUGCUGAUGGCAUCAAAGUUCAGAAUGAUGUUUGUUACAAAGUUAGAGAUGGGGAGCACCCUUGGCCGCUAUUAUUUGCUAGCCUGUUAAAAGCCUGAAUGAGGCAAAUCCGUGAUACCACAAUCUAAAACGAGCCACUCAAGGCAGCAAAGAAAGCUUACGAAAGGAAUCAAGAACUGAAGUUAGGAAAGCAAACCUGUGCUUCGUGAAAUAUCCGAAGCAUUAAAGAAUAUUUACCACCAACGUAAAGAGAUUGUUUAUCGUGCAUCACUGAAUCCGAAGAUCUAAAUUCAAGAUGGCGGAUCUGGAUGGCGAUUAUGAGUAUGACGAUAUUGGAGAUAUCAUGAUGUUUCCUUUGGAUGUGGAUGAUCAUGAUGAGAACUCUAACGGAAAAUCGUCUAUUGACAGUAAAAGCUCUGAAAGUAAUAAAAGUAGUUCCGAGAGUGAAGAUGAGGGGUAUGGGAGGACGCAUAAAAAGCUCCCACUUCGUAUGCGAAGACGUUCAAAAGCCCAAGAGAUCCCAAAACUUAACUUAAAUCUUACACCGAGCAAACUCCCACAUCUGUCAUUUUGGAAACGUGCAAUUAAUAAAGCGAAGAAAGCUAAAGAUCCCUGGGAGGGGUUCCAUAUAGAUGACUAUGAGACAGAAGAGGCCACUAGGCAUCGAUACCACCCUAUUCACCAAAAGUGGGUUGUUGAUAAAGUUAAAGUCAAGAUGGAGAAAAAAACAUUUGCUAAAGGUGCAAUGAGAGAAUGCUUCAGACUUAAAAAGUUGUCGUCUUUCUCCCACUCGAAUGAUUGGAAGCGAGCGCAGAAUUAUGUGUGUAAGACUUAUAUGGAAGACGUAGACAGAGAGGUGUACUUUGAAGAUGUGAGGCUGCAGAUGGAUGCUAAACUGUGGGGAGAGGAGUAUAAUAGACAUAACCCACCUAAGAAGGUUGACAUAUUCCAGAUGUCAAUUUUGGAGUUCCAGAAUCGUGAAGGUUGUCCACUGUACCACCUUGAACACUUCAUAGAGGGAGAGUAUGUGAAAUAUAACUCCAACUCUGGUUUUGUGGAUGAACACAUCAGAAGAACCCCACAUGCAUUCAGUCACUUCACGUUUGAGCGUUCUGGUCACCAGCUGAUCGUGGUUGAUAUCCAGGGGGUAGGGGACCUAUAUACUGACCCCCAGAUUCACACAUCCUCUGGCACAGACUAUGGGGAUGGUAACCUGGGUACCAAGGGAAUGGCAUUGUUUUUCCACUCCCAUGUCUGCAAUGAUAUCUGCAACAGCCUAGGGCUAUCAGAGUUCGAUAUUGCCCCCAAAGAAAAGGAGUAUCAACAGAAAUUCCUGAAGCUUAUGAAACAACAGAAUGCUGCCAUGACGAGGAUCCGUGGUGAUGAAGAGAUGUGUGUGAGUCCAUCUCCACAUGAGAAGAUUGAUAUUUCAAAGUUUCUGACGAGACCGAGAUCUUACUCUCAGUCCUCCAUGGACCGUCACGGCUCAGACUGUGACAGCGAGCCAUUCUCACCACGAUCUAUAGGUGCAUCUAGGAGCAUCAGUAUGUGUAGCACAGGCAAUGGACCUACAUUUGUAGAUGAACAGGAUUCUGACCGCAUGUCUGAGGGAUCUAUAACUCCACAAAGUGGAAGUGAACAGCGCCCUCCUUUGUCCAGCGCAGACAUUAUUAGACGACGUGUGCGAUUCAUCAGCGAAUGUUCUGAUCACAAUUACGACAGUAGCACUGGAACAUUGACUGAGACCAGUCUGGAUGGUAACUCCAACCCCAGUACAUUGAAAGUUCCUGAGACACCAGAAAGCGGUUCUACUACAUCAUCCAGUGGUUAUUCCUCCAUUGGUUGGUCGUCUCAAGAGGAGGAUCGUGAGGCAUUUUCCCGCGUGAUGCUUCAGAAGCAGCGGCCAUCUUGUGUCAAUCACGAGAUCUCUCUGAGGAGUCUGCAGAAUAAAAGAAUCGGAGACUCCACUCUUGGCUUUUGUCAUCAUGAUAUGGCAAAAUAUCACGAAUUGGGACGUUUCUCUGAGAAUGAUGACCCAGAUAAUAUCGAUUGGGAGUCAGCCAUCUUUCAUGAAGAGCAUGCAGCCCAGCUUGGCGUACUAGAGGCCAUCGUUACCAUGGCAAAGAUCUAUCUGAAUAUGCAGCAUGACGUCCUUGUCAAUUGUGAAGUACCAGCCAAUGAAGAGAAUACCAAUCAGGGGGUAGACUACAUGUUAAUGGCUGCUGAAGCAGGGGAUAGGGCAUCUAUGAUCUACAUGGCUAAUGCCUUUGAGACUGGUAUUGGACUGGGAUCAGACAGGAGCCAGAAUUGGAGUGAGGCCAUGCAUUUCUAUGAACAGGCCCUGAACAAGACAGAACAUGAUGAAAGUGGUGAAUAUGACUCUACACUGGAUCAUCCACCACAUGAGCUGCAGGCUAAGAUGGCUGAAAUGUACCUAGAAGGAAAGUUUGGUUUAGAGAAAGAUCCACAGAAAUCUGGUGAUCUUUACACUGAGGCUGCAGACAAUGCUAUGGCUGCAAUGAAGGGACGUCUGGCCAACAAGUACUACAUGCUUGCAGAGGAGGCCUGGGGUGAAGUAGAGGAGGAGGGGGAGGAGGAGGGAUAGAAAACGACCACAUCCCCUGAGCUCCGCCCCACUCUAAGCUAAGGAGGCCUCAGAGAAGUGGAAGUGACGCAAUGGAGGAGAGUCAUAUAAUGACCCUCUCCAGCCUCGUCCGACUCUUAAGACAUAAAUCGAAAGAAAGAUCGGAGAAAAUAUUUGAAUAUUUAUUUUCUGAUUAUUCGUUGUUUUGUGAUUACACAAAAGGAUUGGGCUAUAUCAAAUCCAGAGAUGUUAUGUGGUGUUUAAAAUUUACACUUGCACCUGUACAUAUAUAUGAAUGGCAGCAUAUGGAAAGAUGGCGUGAUUAAAGUGAAAUUUCAACAACUUUCUAACGUUAUGCAUUAAACUUGACAGUCGCAAAUAUUUCAACUCGAUUAUUUGGAUAGGCCUAGCAUAUGAGUGAGGUUCGAAUCAGAUAUGUUUACACAAGAGUUCAGAUAUCAAUCAAUCUAUACCGGUACAAACAAUACAUAAAGUAGCCAAAAUCAGUGCUUACGUAAUGUGUGCUGUUAUAUUGUUAUUUUGCCUUUAAGGCGUUGCAGUAUCUACGGAAUAAAACGGGGAAAAACAAAUAAAAAGUCAGAAAGGAUACUCAGCCUUAUGUAUAUAGCUUAACUGACAAAAUAUAAAGGACAUGUAGACCAUAAGAUUUACAGUAAAACUUGUAUAUGGAACACCCUCUGUAUAUGUUUCCUUAUACUCACAUUUUCCUUCAUGAGAGGGUUCGUUUAACAUGUAAAUGAAUGAGAUUGGGAUCCUUUAAAAACAUCUCCUUGGAGAUUUUCAUAACAGAGAGUGUUUCAUCUGACAAGUUUUAAUGUACCCAAUUCUACUAGCGGGUGACUGUUGCCAUAGAUACCAAUUUUUGUGAUAUAGAACCAAAGUAACUAAAUGCAAAUCUACAAAACCACUAGCAUGCAAUACUAGAAAAGUUUAUAAAAAAAUAAGCUGUAUAUGAACAAACCCAGGCCAUUUUUCAACAUUUGUCUUAUCUAAUUAAAGCAUCUCAUUAAUCUCUCCAGAUUACACUUUGAGAGCAUUAUGCAAAAUGUAUUACUUAAAUCAAAAGUUAAUUCCUCGAUGAAGAUUAGUAGAAGAAGCUGCUUUAAUUUCUACUAAUCUUCAUCGAGGAAUAUAUGUUUAUUUGUGUAUGAUUCCUUAUACUUGAGAAAUAUUCAGGAGAUUAUAGCAAUUAUUUUUAAAUUGCAGUUUUGUGGAACAUAAUAUUUGUAAAUGGUACCUUAAAAAGGAUUUCAUUAUUUAGAACAUGGGAUCUUCAACAGAUGAGUAAUGGCAAAUAAACUUGAUCAUCCAACUAUUUUGGCUAGGAGUUUAACUUUCCAUAUAUUUCUUGAAAAGAAGUUGCAUUUCUUGUAGAUGGGAUUAGAAUUGUGAAUAAUUGUAUAUAGAUUACUAUAUUUUUGGGUGAAAGAGUUAUUUUCUUAAAGGAUUGUUUCUAAAUAGUCAUAGUCAUUCAGUAUUUACAUUUUUUGACCGAAACAUUUGAUGUGAUGCAUAUUUUUAGCUCACAUGGAUGAGUACUGAGCUAUUGUUAUUGUCCACUUUUUUGUAUAGUAUGCAUGUAGAAUUUCAUAUGUUGUGCAUGAUUUCAUCAUUUUAUUACACAAUUCUGUUCGUAAGAAAGUUCUAUGUAAGCUACAUAUUGAUAAAUUGUGUAAACUUAGUGAUGUUUUCGCAAAUUUAUGAAAACUACAAUUAGUCAUUUAUUCAUGAACUUGGUGAACUUAAUGAUGUGUU